GUUUCUGGGUUAUAAUUUUAUCAAUCUUGCAACGGAUAUGAUUGAUUUGAAUGGUUAUUCCGCUGCGCUGCUUCAAAUUUGGAUUUGUGCAAGUGUCUGCAAUAUCAAUGAAGACCCUAAAUUUGGCCAACAUUCCAAUUCUCACUGGUGGUAGUAACUACAAGAAGUGGAGAAGGGAAAUUGGAUUGCUAUUAACUCUUAAUGAGUUUGAUAUAGCAAUUGACAAUCCCAAGCCUGUAAUCACUGAUCAAAGUACAAGGGUGGAAAAGGCAGAUCAUGAGAGAUGGUCAAGAGCCAACAAGGUGGCAGUUUCUAUCUUAGAGAGUGGUACGACUGAUACCAUUCGAGGUGGGAUCAAGAAACAUGAGUUAGCUGUGGAUUAUCUGAAGGCAAUUGAGAAGAAAUUCAAGGAGUCUCAGAAGGCUGAAAUUAGUCAAUACAUGGCUUUACUGACAACUUAUAAGAUUGAUAGUACUGGUUCAAUUCGAGACCACGUACUGAAGAUGACUGAUGUUGUUGAGAAGUUGAACUCAAUGGAUGUCAAUAUUGGAGAAAAACAGUUGGUUUUCAUGAUUCUCCAAGCUCUUCCAAUCAAAUACUCUCAGCUGAAGGUGUAUCACAAGACAAAAGUUGGGAUAUAGAUGAACUCAUCGCACAAUGUGUUCAAGAGGAGACUCGGCAACAGCAAGAAAAAUGCAAGGAUGUUGAGACUAUGAACUUUGUGCAAGGAGGAAGAGGGAAGAAAUUCGACAAUGCUGGAAAUAAUUCAAGUAAGGAUUUCAAGUGCUCCAAAAUUUCUGAUAAGACUGGUACUUCUGCCAAAAUAUUUGAUAUUUCUAAAGAGCCUAACAAUCUUAAACCAAAAAUUAAAAAUGUUGCCAAGCUUAAGUGUUUUUUCUGCAAAACUCGAGGUCAUCUAAGAAAGGAUUGUGAACUGUUUAAGGAUUAUCUGAGAGCUAAUGACAAAGAGGUAGUUAAUGGAUGUGAAGAGUCAUUUGAUCAAUGGGGGUAGUUUGUUAUUCUGUUUUACAAAGAGCAAUUGCUGCAUUAAGGACAGUUGCAAAAUAAAGUUUGAGAAGAGACUACUAUUGUGAAGUUCGAAGAGUUGUUAUAGCGGUGAUGUUCUUCUCUUCAAGUUAGUUUUUUGUUUUAGUUUACUUUGUUUUUCAGUUAGUUGUAUUCAGAGAUUCAAUUUAUGUAAUUGUUUGAUCUGAUAUAUAUAUGUGCGUGUGUGUGUGUGUAUGUGUGUGAUUGUGG